AUGUUCGGCUUCAUCAAAGAUACGGUUCGUUAUGCACGUCCUAUGCUCUUCGCCCUAGAAAGUACACUGACAGUCGAUACUUGCCACUUAGGCUCGGUCGUUCGGGUUGGACCAAAUCGAUACAGUUUCACUUCACCACCGGCUGUAAAGAAGAUUUACGAACUGGGUGGGAAGUUCGAGAAGAGCCAGUACUACACGCCACUGUUGAGCCCGGACCCCGAAACUCAGCACAUCUUCCCGAUGAUAGAUAAUAAUCGACACAAGGAGAGAAGACGGAAGAUCUCCCCUCUUUAUACAAUGUCGACGAUGGUGUCUUACGAAGGUGCGGUCGACAGGCUGAACGAAGUGUGUAUUACGAAGAUAUCACAAUUCGCCGAGGAGGGUCGAUUGGUUGAUAUCCCCCACUGGAUGCAAUAUUACGCAUUUGAUGUCAUUGGUGAAAUCACCGUCAGUUACCCUUUCAACGAGAGCUUCAAGAUGAUGGAGAACGAAGGAGACACAACAGGAAUGAUUUCGGGAAUUCGUGAAGCAAACGAUUUCCUAGCCUAUGCCGGAGUCGUCCCAAAUGUACUCCCGUGGUUUGCUCGCCUAGCGACCCUGCUGGGCAAGACCUCCAACGCUCGGAUGAUCGUGGGCUACACGUGGAAACAGAUUGAUAAGUACCGUGAGAUGAAUGUGAACCCAACCAAACAGACGAAGAAAUACAACACGUUCUUGAACAAGGUCCUCACUAUGGAAGCUACAGGGUCUAUUGGCAAACCUAAUAUUUUGGAUGCCUGUUCAAGCAACAUUACGGCUGGCUCGGACACCACUGCGAUUAGCCUAAGCUCAUGCUUGUACUACCUUUACACAAAUCCAGACAAGCUCAGGGAGUUGCGAGAUGAGAUUGAUACUAUGGCUGCUGAUGGCCGAAUCUCUGACCCAGUCACGUUUCGAGAAGCCCAAGAUAUGGUCUACCUGCAGGCUGUGAUAAAGGAAGCAUUGCGUCUUCACCCAGCCGUGGGCACAAUGUUAGCUCGCGUUGUGCCGAAAGGCGGCAUGCAUAUAGAGGGAUCUUACUUCCCAGAAGGUACUGAAGUUGGGGCAAAUGCAUGGGCCUUGCAUUAUGAUAAAGACCUCUAUGGCCCAGACCCGCAGGAGUUCCGUCCGGAACGCUGGAUUGGCGACGAAAAGACCUCCAUCAUGGAGUCAAUGAUGUUUGCAUUUGGAGGUGGCUCUCGAACUUGUCUCGGCAGGAACAUUAGCUUGCUGGAAAUGACAAAAGUGAUACCCCAGUUGGUGCGUAAAUUUGACAUCGUGCUGGAGAAGCCAGGGGAGCCGAUGAAUACUGAGUGUGCUUGGUUUGUAUAUACCCAUUACAAAGGAUGGUUCAAGGCAAGAGGAGAGUAA